AUGUUCACGUUUGCACCUCUGGUGCCAAUCUUCUCAUGGGUGCUCCUCAUCGCUACAACCGGCGUUUUACUUACGACUCCACUUCAAUAUAGGCUUUACGGCUUCCCUGCCUUGCUGAUAUUGGUCACGAUAUCCUUCCGAACAAUCCACCAUCUGACUGCUGUCCCUGGACUGCCCGAUCUAUGGGGUCUUGUCGCUCCGAUCACUUUCAUCCAUUGUACAUCCUUACUCUACCUGAAGAAGUGGACGCUCCGCGUCAACGAAGACUCCAGAAACGAGACCCAAUCAAGAAACGACCCUUGGCUGCAUCGAGAUCUAUGGAUACGCAUGUACAGGGCCGCAUCAAACCCGCGGUUCAUCAGGAUCCCAUACAAGCACAUCAUCCUAGGCGAACAAGGUAUCGGCACCCAGGUCAAGUCGACAGCCACCCAUAGGAAAUUUUCGACGGCAAGAAUCGGCCGGCUUCUCGUCAAAAUUGGCAUCCUCUUCCUGCUUAAUGACCCAGCAACUAUCAGAAUGUUCGGUGGUAUAAGCAUCAAUGAUCUUACACCAGCCAAGGCGUCUAUCCUUCGACGUCUGCUACACCCAAUCAUCUCUCGAUCAGUCGCAGCCCCAGUUUCCGCAAGGGAGGUCAUGCUACGACUCUGGUUCACCGUGACAGCACUUUGGACCCCUGUGAUACUUCUUGACGCCUUGCACGCCGCCAUCGCCAUCUUCUUCAUCUACAUCGUGCGUGUCGACACACCCGAGGACUGGCCAGACCUGUUCGGCAGUCCGUCGGAAGCCUACACCAUUGGCCGCUUUUGGAUGUCAGUUUGGCACCGCCUCCACCUGAGCGGCUACAGCGACGUUUCGAACUACCUGAUUGCCAUGCUCCCACGGUCCGUCUCGCGGAACGCUGUGAUUAAGAGACUAUUCGUGACGUUCUCGCUUUUCCUGAUCUCGGCGCUGAUUCAUCAGCUGACGGAGUGGCAACUUCAUUCGACCUAUGGUGACUACGCAGAUCUGCGUUUCUUCAGCAUGAAUGCAGUGGGUGUGAGUCUGGAGUAUGCACUGCUCCGCUGCACACGCACUAGUGCAACAUCAGAAGGUGGCAAUUUGCGAAUAGCGGGGAGAAGAGAAAAGCUCCAGGUCGCACUGGUACGAGUCAUAGGUUAUGUCUGGGUUGUGGGCUUCUUCGUCUGGGCGAUACCAAAAUGUUACUACCAGCGAGCCUACCAUGCUGCAGUUCAACAAGCCCGCCACGCCAACCAUGAGAUAUUAGUAUCCUUAUCCUGA